CAAAAUCAAUAUUAAUUUUUGCUUUAAUUUUUGCUAUUUUUAUUAUAUACCCAUUCCCCCUCCUCUUCUUCUUCCUGGAGAUUUGUGUUUUUAGGGAAAUUUCAGUGUCUUAAAGGAGAGUUUUUCUUCUGUCUCUUUCUUUUGCUCUGCAACUUGAGCGUUUUCUUUCUGAGGUCCAUUUCACUGUUUUUCUGCAGAGACGCCAUAGGCAUAGAUAAUAAGUUUAACUCUUUCUUUGUCACGUUUUAAGCAAAGCCCAACUAUAGCCAUUGAUUUGUAAUCCUAUUCCCUUCUGCUUUAUUUAUUAUCUUCGUUUUGCUUAUUGUUCUUCUGUUUGAAGAGGCAGAGAGAGAGAGAGGGAAGGGGGGGUUGGUUUCUUCUUUUUCUUCUUGUUUAUUGGGGAUUCUUUUUGUGGUUUGAGGAAGAGGAAAGCGGAGUUCUAUAGGGAGUGUGUUGAGGAGGAGGAGAUUUAUGUCGGCUGGGUUUGACUUGGCUGUGAUUGGGGCUCUGUUGCAGCUCUGUUUUUCUUCUUUCAUCCUCUCUUGCUGUAUGAUUCUCUGCUCUUUCAAGCAGAGCCUCAAUCUGGUGUUUUCAUCUAUUUCGAUGCGUUUGAGACCGAAGAGGACUUGUUCUGGAGUGAAGUGCUCUGGAGCUUUUCAUAUACAACGAUUCUCAUUCCUUAUUUUGCUCUUCAGAAGUGGGGGUUUCACUUGAUAAACAAAAACCCCUUCGUCUGUUUUUGAUUUUAUUUUUCUUCCCCUCUUUUCCCCUCAAGUUUUGGCCUGUUAGAGUUCGAGUACGAUUUUUCUAGAGUUGAAGAGUUUUUUUUUUUAAUUUUCUUUUUCCCCCCGAAAAUGCCAGAGCCUCGAGUUUUACAGCUAACGAAUCAAAAAAGUUUUGGAAAAAAAUCCAAGUCGAGAUCCGAAGAACUGAAGAUGACUCGGAAAAUCCGCGUCAUCUGUAACGAUCCAGAUGCAACCGAUUCAUCUUCAAGCGAAGAUGAGGGUGAAAUCGAAACAAAAUCUGUCAAAUUGAAACGAAUCGUUCGAGAAAUCCACCUACCCUUGUUCCCUUUUCGCUCGAAAACAAUGGAUGUAACUACUAGCACUCAGAGUUCUUCACAAGACAGCAACAAUGGCGGCAAAAACCCAGAGAUGAAGAAGAAAAGGGUUUUAGCCACUAAAACCCUUUCUACAAGGAGAUCCGCUUCCCAAUACAGAGGAGUUCGUCAAAGAAAAUGGGGCAAAUGGGCCGCUGAAAUCCGAGACCCAUUCAAAGGGGCUCGCAUUUGGCUUGGAACUUACAACACGGCUGAAGAAGCCUCUCAAGCCUACGAAUCAAAACGCCUUGAGUUCGAAACCGCCAUGGCCGCCGCCCCUAAAAGCAGCAGCAGCAACAUCAUCAUCUCUUCCUCAUCUUGUUCCUCCGAGGAGAACGAGGAAGAAUCCGACAGCGUCGUCUCUCAAACAUCCCCAGCCGCCAUUGUUGAAAUGGAAACCUCUUCCUCUGUUUUGAUCAAAGAGGAUGAAGAAGAAGUAAUCGACACAAAUUUGAUCAACGAACUUCAAAUGCCCGAUUUGGGAUUCGUCGAUGAAGGUCUAGAAAUCAAUUUAGGACUACCGGAACUCGACCCCUUUUUCAUGGACGACAUUGGUCAAUUCUUAGACGAUUUCUCCGCCUUGGAUGACAUUCAAAUUUACGGAUUCGAUGACGAUGUACCCAGUUGCCUUCCAGAUUGCGAUUUCAACGAUUUUGGGAACGAUGACAUUUCUUGUUGGGUGGAUGAAGCUCUGAAUGUGCCUUGCUCGUGAGAAAAAAGUUUUGCAGAUUAGAGACGAAAGAAAAAACAGUGUUUUAAUGUUUUUAAUUUAAUUGUUGUUAUUAUGGUUUUUUUUUUUUUGUUGGGGUUCUGGUAAAAGACUUCGAUUUUCUCGAGAAAAUGUUAAGAUUUUCCGGGAAAGUUUUUUUUGAUGGAGAGAAGAGAUUCAUAUAUCUUCUGGGUUUUCUUGUGCUUUGAGAGCCGUCCAGGGAUAUGAAUUUUCUUUGUUUAUUUAUUUAUUUCUUUUUCUUUUUUUAUAAUUUUAUUGUUCUUCGUAAACUACAAUGAACAUUAUGGAUGUAGUUUGAAACAAUUUUAUCUUUUUAUUUGUUUCUUGUUACAGCUCA